CCUCUCUUUAACCCCUGGAGGUUCGGAAAACUGGGCAAAGGGACAAGAGCGAGUACAGUGGUAAUUAAUAUUCUGGUUCAUUUUUAAAGGAGUUUUAUAGAUUUCGGUCAGGUCGCAUAGCUUUACAAUCACACAGUGCCUUUUAGAACGAGUAAUAUAAAGUCGUUGACAUUGUCAGACAGUGGGUAUCUUGCCCAAAACAAUUAGCAAUCCAGGACUGGGUUUGAUAAGAUUUGCUCAGAUUCAGGCAAAAAACUUUUUUUCCUGGAGUCCUGGGCGUACUCGGCACUGGAAGGGUUAAGUGCGACAGGGUUCCGCUUGGACCUCUCUCAGUGUUCCAGACCAUUGUGAGGUCACAGGCGGUGUCAGCUCUGAGUCCAGGAAGUGGCUGAAUAUUGUGGGAGAGGUUGGGAGAGUGAGAAUUCCCGUGGAGACAGCAGGACGGCGGUCGGCGGGCCAACGCGAUGUUCCAGCACCGCUCCAAAAGGCAGCCAGUUGAUGGUAAAAAGAUGAAGAACAGUAGGACUCAAAAGGAGUCGAAUGUAACGGUGGCUGUCAGGGUGAGGCCAUUGAACGAGGCUGAGAGGGAAAAGAGAGAGCAGAGUGUGGUUUUCUGUACUGACAAACACAACCUGCAGGUGAGUCAGGGGGGCCAGGACAGGUGUUUCUCCUUCGAUGCGGUGCUGGGCCCAGACAGCUCACAGGAGGACGUGUUUGAGGCCUGUCAGGUGAAGAGGCUCGUCGACAUGGCGACCCAGGGGUACUCAUGUACAGUGUUUGCUUUCGGACAGACCGGAUCGGGGAAAACCUUCACCAUCACCGGACCCCACUCUGUGUUCCAGCAGGGCGCACAUGGACUCCCCUCUCACGGGCUGAUGCAGAGGUGCCUGUCCCACCUGCUGCAGGUGUGUCCCACAGGUGGGGGGGUCACCCUCCAGGCCUCCUACCUGGAGAUCUACAAUGAGCAGGUGCGGGACCUCCUGGACCCCCGGCCGCACUGCCCGCUAACCGUCAGAGGGAGCGGAACCCAAGGGUUCCGUGUGGAGAACCUGGCCCCGGUGGAGUUCCGCAGCCUGGACGACUUCAACAAGCUCCUGGCGGAGGGCCAGAGGAGGAGGCACACCUCCUCCCACCUCCUAAACGAGCGGUCGAGUCGCGGUCACGCCAUCCUGACCGUCUAUGUCGGGAGCCAAUCAGUGGGCGUGGAAGGGGGCGGGGCCACCCAGGGAAAGCUGAGUUUGGUGGACCUGGCAGGCAGCGAGCGGGUGAAGGUCACGGGCUGCAAGGCGGAGCUUCUGGAGGAGGCGGGAAACAUCAACCGCAGCCUCCUCACCCUGGGCAAGUGUAUCGCCGCCCUGGUGGACGCCAAGGGCAGGGACAGGCACGUCCCGUACCGUGAAAGCAAGCUGACCAAGCUGCUGUGUGAUUCGCUGGGAGGAACCGGGAGAACUCUGAUGAUCGCUUGUGUGUCUCCUACAGCUUCCAGCCUCCCAGAGACCCUGAAUACCCUCUUCUACUCCAGCCAGGCCAGGAGGAUCAGACCCAAGCCGCUAGUCAAUCAGGGCCGGAGGGAGAAGCUGGUGAGCACCCUUCAAAGGGAGAUCCGCCUGCUACACCGGGAGAACCUGCUGCUACGGCAACGCCUGUCCUCAUUCCAGGAAGCCCGGAGAUCAGAACUGGAAGUGAAGCAUGCUGGGAGUGGCGGCAGUGAGGCAAUGACAGUAGAGGGGGCGGGGCCCUCAAGGCCAGGCUCCUCCUCCUACUUGGAAGCUUGUCUCCUGCAGGAGCUGAACCAGGAGAAAAACAAACUGCAGCAGGAUAAGGUGGAGCUGCUUGAGUGCCAGGAGUCCUCCGGCCAGCAGAGGGAGCUCUUGCCAGAGGAAAACACCCAACUGCUGGACAAGCUGCAGGAUCUCAAGAGGGAGCAGAUCAUGAUAGAUGGUGUUCAAGGGAAGGCCCGCAGGUCUCUGGGCUCCAUUUGAAUAAACUGACACUUAAUUGGAGGCGUUGAUUUCGACCUUGAAUUGCCUCAGCAGAUGCUAUUUUGCAAACUUACGAAGCUCGACAAUUACAAGCAACCCCAUGCACAUUAGGAUCUUAACCGAAGAAAUUCCGGUUUAGUACCAUGCUGAAGGGUGCAACGGGACCUGAACGGCAGCUGUAACGUUCAAAGCGCAGAUCCAUUUCACUAAUUAUCAUACUGCACUGCUGCUCUCUUAUCUCUGUUGCACACACCUAUUUGGGAAAUACAAUCAUAGUACAUUACAUUGAACAUGUUACUAAUCAAAUCUGCUGGCUGACCCUGGGGCAGUGAAGGAGGAAGAGGUGCCUGACCAGACUGCUCUCCCUCCCAACCCACCAAUCACCCCCCCCCCCCACAGCGGAUCUCCAGCCCUCUGACUCCGCCCUCACCCAGAGACUCCACCCACAGCCGCCUCUCCAGCCCGUACUGCCCCCACCGCCACCCCCCCACCUUUCUGCCCCCAAUCAGGUCUCCCGGCCUUCCUGAGUCGUGCUUCCACUGCCACUGGCGCCCCCUGCUGUACUGCAUCUGUCCUGCAAGCUACUCCCUGCAGGGACUGGUACAGAGCUGCACCCUGCCGCCUCUGUGGCCCUGUGAGACGUUCCCACACCUGGGGGGGUCCUGUGUGACCAAGAGGCACAGACAGGGGGUGCUGCCUCCCCUGCCAGCCCUCAGCUCAGACAGAGCAGCCAGGGAGAGCACCAGGGAGCGGAUGGACUGCCACAGCUGGGAGGCUGACCCUGGGUCAGUCCGGCACCGCAGGACGAGAGCCCACUCAGAGUGCAGGAGGUACACAGACGGCUUCCAGGUGAACUCCACUUCCCAGCAGGCCAAGGCUCUGGAGCCCCGCACUCCGAGGUCAGAGGGCAGGGUGCCUCCCAGUGCCCCGCCCCUGCCCAAACAGCCCCACCCCUUUCAGCUUGUGGACCCGGGGAGCUGAAGGUGCACAGGGCUGUGUGAACCGCUCUGCCCCUGUCACAUGACCAGGGAGGAAAUGGGCACCAUGGCAACAUCCAAUGAGAGCAAAGUACAGGGAGCUGAAGUUCUACUUGGACAUUGAACAAAGACAAAUAAACACAAACGGUCUGAGCACUUUAUCCCACUGUCUGUACUGUGCAAACAGCAUCUGGAUUAAAGUUCAUCAACGUUUCAGCUGA